CCAGCGAACGAAUCGCGAGAGACGCGCGAACAAAAACGGCGACGUUGCACAGCUGUACGGCGCGUGGCAUGCCAAGUAACCUUGUGAAACAAGCGACCUUUCGUCGUUCACGCACGGAUAUACGAGGAUCCCGAGUCACGUAGGUACGUAGCAAUAGGUAAGGAACCGAAGUACCAAAGUUUAUCAUAUCCGAAAAAUGGCACCUCCAAAAGUAUUACUUGGACAAAAUAGACAAAACAGCACUGCAACCUUAAGGAAGGGUAUAACAACAAGGAGUCAACAUUUUUUAUUAAACAAUCCAUUAAAACCCAAUACUGGCAGAGAAACUCGCGUCAAGCGAAAAUCUUCAGAUGUAUUUUCACCACCUAAGGAAAAAACGAACAAGAGAUACGCUUUUACAAAUAUCACCAAUGCCAUUACUACGUCGCUAGUAGGACAUAAUCUAACAAAAAAGGUAGUAACUCAGCUCAAACCAGUCGGAAGUAACGUUGCUUCAGAGAAACCUGCAGAUGUUACUACAUCAAAAGUUGUACCGGCAAAAGCAAAACCGGCGCCUCGUAUUAAAUCUAUUCUCAAAAAGGAUGAUAAAACAGAAACUAUUAACAAAGUUGUAAAUAUUAGACGAAGUGCAGAUUUAGAAAAAUCUGAGGAUAAUUCGUUAUACGUCAGUGCUUUGGAAGACGUUAAUGAUAGCAUAAAAAAGACUCGCAGGAGUAGCAAUAAGGUUGAUGAAAAAAUCAACGACAAACCAACAGUAAUAGCAGAAGAAAAAGAACCUACAUCCCCUACGAAUGAGAAUGAAGUUUCAGCCACUACUUUAUUGAUUGCCAUACCUGUAAGAGAAUUACCCGAAGGCGUUCAAUGGGAUUUUGAUGUUGAAAAUUGGCUAGAUCCAUACCAGGUAUCACACUAUGCAAUGGAUAUUUUCGAAUACCUGAAGGAACGAGAACAUCUAUUCCCCAUCAGUGAUUACAUGGACCGGCAAGUAUGUCUCUCGCAAUGGAUGAGAGCACUAUUAGUCGACUGGAUGGUUGAGGUUCAGGAAUCAUUUGAGUUGAAUCAUGAGACCCUAUAUCUGGCUGUAAAACUUGUCGAUUUAUAUCUGACAAAAAUGACAGUCGGGAAAGAGACUCUACAACUACUCGGCGCUGCAAGUCUUUUCAUAGCGAGCAAAUUUGAUGAAAGAAUACCACCAAUGGUGGAAGAUUUCUUGUAUAUAUGUGAUGGCGCUUACACACAGAGAGAGCUGAUAAAAAUGGAAAUGAAUGUUUUAAAAGUAGUCAAUUUUGACCUGGGAGUGCCUCUUUCUUACAGAUUUCUUCGGCGUUAUGCUAGGUGUGCCAAGGUCUCCAUGCCUACAUUAACUCUGGCUCGGUAUAUAUUGGAACACUCGUUGAUGGAUUAUACGAUGAUCAGAUUUAGUGAUAGCAAAAUGGCAGCAGCGGCGUUGUUACUGGCAUUGCUAAUGAAAGAUCUAGGAGGAUGGAAUUCAACAUUAGAAUACUAUAGCGGUUAUAAACUAGACGACAUAAGAGAUAUUUGCAAUCUUCUGAAUCAAAGUUUACAUAGAAAGCAUAAAGAAACAUUAAAAACUGUCCGUAGCAAAUACAGCCACAAGAUUUUCUUCGAAGUUGCGAAGCUGCCCCUAAAAGAGACUUUAGACAUAUGAAUAGAAAAAAUACAAUUGAGAGUGAGGGUGUGCUCUCAUAGGAUGCGGAACUGUGAAACGUUUAUGAUUGGUUGUGGCUUCAUUCCGCUCCGCUAAGUGUUUUCCUAUGUCGCAUUGAGCGAAAUUUGUGGAAUGCGCAGCAACUAGCGCUGAUAAAUCGCAAGAACCUUCCUUUCGUUAGAUCUCCCGGAAUAGCUUUUGUCAUUAGCUCGCAUUGGUUGCGUAUUUGCAAGUUUCGUUUAAUGGGACAUAAAGAAACAAAUUCCUGCAGAUCAGAAAUCAUACAUAGGGACGUCUGCCAAUUUUAUAUAUCCAUUUUGAUUUUGAUUUACAUUUUUGCCUUUCUGUAUAUUAUUUACGACAUUCAUUUUCUGACCGUAUUGACGUCCGUAUUUAUUUGUAGUCAGUAAUAAGAAGAUACAGGAUACCGCGAGUAGCUACGCGCUUUUAAAUGAUUCGACUUGUUAUCUAUGGCUCAAUCCCACGUGCAUCUUGCGUAUUAUUUACAAUCCUUUCCGUUUCUGAUGACUCUUAAUUGACUUGCCUUCGAUUAAGUAUAUGUUCUUAUAGAAGACAGGUUUUCUUCAUUUAAACCAGUUUAGCGAGAUUCACACGAAUCCGCUAAAAACUAAAACUGCGGAAAAGAAAACGACGGAAUCGGUAAAAUGAAAGCAUUAUCAAUCACGAAUAUUCCGUAGUUUCGUAUCCCAUGGGGAUCGCACUCUGAGGAAACUGAAGUAACUAACUGUAAAAAAGAAAGUACUCCAAAUUCAGUACAGAUAAAUGAAUUAUCUUAGUAGUAUGACAAUAGAAAUUAAGACUAGUCGUAACAUUUGUUGGACACCUUGAAUGUUUGUUAAGUGUUGUAAUAUUAGCACGCGGAUAGCGACGCUACCCUCUAAAUUAUAUAAUGCAUGAAACGAAAGCGGAAACGUAAAAAAUCUCGAAUGUAUGUCAAAAAGUUUUAUCGUGAAGCUUCACCGAGUUUUUUUUACGGGUACACUUGA